AUGUCCCAACAAGCCUCUCUGAGCUCCUGGUUUGCAGGAGCCCCCCCCCCAGGAACCCCAGCCCCCCCACGCUUUGCCGACACCCAAUCCAGUCAAUCCACCCAACAAACACAGUCCACCACGAUCGAGCAAACCCAACCCAGCGGCGAACCCUUCUCUAUCUUCGCCGAAUACACCCAAUACAAUGAACCAUACGCACCAAAGUAUGACUACAUCCACCCUAGCAUCGUCCCCCAAGAAACCCAUGCCAGAAUGGAUCUCAAUUACAUCUCGUGGGUAAUUAGAAAUGCCCUCACCGUGGCGCUCGAACCCCUCAACAAGGCAACCGAACAAACCAACAAGAAUCUGAAAGCCACCAUCGAAGUCCUAUCCGUCCAAAAUGAAUCCCUCAAGCACACCGUCGACACCCUGGCCAAACAAAUGUUCGAAAUGACAAAGAACCAGGACAAAACAUCCGAGAAACUCCACCGCCUACAACACCAACUCACCAAUCUCUCCAUCAACAGGCACAACAACCAAAUGGCCGCCGAAGGAAGAACUGCCACAACCACCGCCGCCGUCACCGCUGCCACCAUCCCCGCCCCUCCCCCCGCACCCAUCAAUAACUCGAACCAUGCUCAACAUCAACCAAAAGGAAAAGGAAAAGAAACACCAAUCCCACAAGCACCAAAAUCCUACGCAUCCAUCGCAGCAGGAAACGCCAACCCCGAAUACACCAUGGUCACAAACAGGAGGAAGCCCAAACCUAAGGUGGACCCACUAUUCAAACCGGAAGUCACCAAAAUCAACAGGGAAAUAGUCAUCGAAACAAAUAAAGAAUCACCAGUCACCCCCUCCGACAUCAGAACAAGAAUCAACUCAAAAAUCGAAAACCCAGACUGCCAGCUUAUCGCCGCCAGGAAAACCUCAAAGAACAACAUCGUGCUAGAAACCAAAUUUGCUACCCCCGCCUCAAAAGUCUUCGAAUACAAACAAGAAAUUGAAUCAGCCCUAAGAGAACUCAAGGUCCCCUUCGUUGACAUAAGGGUCAACUCCAGAUGGUCCAAAUUUAUCGUACACGGAAUCCCAACAACAAUCGGAGACGGCUAUGAAGCAGGACAGGUCAUGGCCUCAGAAGUCAGAAGCAACUACGGAACCACCUUCGAAAUGGCACAAAUCCCCAGAUGGCUAAGCAGACCUGAGGCUAGAGCAGGGAAAACGCACUCGUCAAUGAUCAUCGCACUCCCAGGACAAUAUACAAAAGACAACCUCGGACUGAGAUAUCUUACCCUAUUCGACCGGCAAUGCAAAAUCGACAACUACCUCCCAGCCAACCCAGAAACCCAAUGCUCCAAAUGCUUAGAAUAUGGCCACCGACACGAAAGAUGCUCCCACCAAACCGGGAGAUGCGGACACUGUGCAGAGGACCACCAAACAAAGGAACACCCAUGCUCAGAAUGCCCAGGAGGUACCAGAUGCAUCCAUACACCCAUCCGAUGCUACCACUGCAAGGCCCCACACAAAGCAACAGACGCCAACUGCCCAGAACGUACCAAAGCCCGCAUCAUAAACAAACUUGGACCAGACACAAACCCAAGCCCACUACCAAUACCCAUCGUCAUCCCGGCCCAAGACCCCCCCCAAGAAGAUGCAGCCAUGGAUAACACCCAAUGA